CGCGUCCAUUGUAUUGCAGAAUGUAUGCAUGUCAAUUUAUGCCGGGUGAAAUAAAUCGCGUAUAAUUAAAUGUAUUAAUGUUUAUCAUUUUGUAAAUAGAGAUACUGAAGAAACCCAAGUUUAUGUAAAUAUCAUGGACGCGGAUUUAUAUGAUGAGUUUGGAAAUUAUAUUGGUCCUGAUCUGGCGUCAGAAAGUGAAGAUGAAAAUGAAUAUGGCAAUAUUGGUGAUGACACUGAGGAUAGAGAACGAUCGGAUGAAGAAAUGGAAGAAGAUAAGGAUGAGUCACGAGAACAAGUGGAACAAGGAUCUUCUAUGGCAGUUGUAUUGCAUGAAGAUAAACGAUAUUAUCCCAGUGCAUUAGAGGUGUAUGGACCUGAGGUAGAAACGCUUGUACAAGAGGAAGAUGCCCAACCAUUAGAUAAACCACUAAUAGCACCUACUAGAAAAGCAAAGUUUCAAAUAAAACAACAACAACUGCCUGAAACUACAUAUAGUAUUGAAUUUUUAGCAGAUAUGAUGGAUGCACCACAUCUUAUUAGAAAUGUAGUUUUGCUGGGACAUCUUCAUCAUGGCAAAACUACUUUGGUCGAUUGUUUGGUACAACAAACGCAUCCUUAUUUACACAGUAUAACCGACGAGAAACCACUGAGAUAUACGGAUACAUUAUUUACCGAGCAACAAAGAGGUGUCUCCACAAAAGCUACUCCUGUCACUCUUUUGCUACAAGAUGUUAAAUCUAAAUCAUAUCUUUUAAACAUAUUUGAUACAUCCGGCCAUGUGAAUUUUUCUGACGAAGCAACAGCUGCAAUCAGACUGUCCGAUGGUGCGAUAUUAAUUGUUGACGCAGCAGAAGGAGUGAUGCUGAACACUGAACGCCUACUGAAGCAUGCAAUUCAAGAAAAGCUUGCUUUGACAGUUUGUAUAAACAAGAUAGAUCGUUUGGUGUUGGAAUUAAAACUACCACCUUUGGAUGCUUACUACAAACUGCGGCAUAUUAUUGAAGAGAUCAACGGAUUAAUAGCACUAUACUCUUCGGAUACUGAGAAUUCUGGCUUUGUGUCACCUGCUAUAGGAAAUGUUUGUUUUGCUAGUUCUGAAUAUAAUGUAUGCUUUACUUUGAAAUCGUUUGCCGCACUCUAUGCUAGGAACUAUCCUGGACUAAAUGCCAACGAAUUUGCCAAACGGCUCUGGGGUGAUAUUUAUUUUAAUCCUAAGACACGGAAGUUUACCAAGAAACCACCUCAUAAUACUGCACAGCGAAGUUUUAUUGAGUUUAUUCUAGAACCUCUGUAUAAGAUAUUCGCGCAAGUCGUCGGUGAUGUAGACACAACAUUACCUGAUGUUCUGGACGAACUCGGUAUACGAUUAACAUCCGAGGAAAUGAAGAUGAAUAUACGACCAUUACUGAGACUUGUCUGUACACGAUUCUUAGGCGAUAUGUGCGGAUUAGUGGACAUGUGUGUCACUCAUGUACCUAGCCCGCAAGUACAUGCACCCACUAAAGUACAGCAUGUCUAUACUGGUCCGAUAGAUUCGCCUCUUGCGCAGGAUAUGAUUAAUUGUGAUCCUGAUGGGAGAUUGAUGAUCCAUAGUACAAAAAUGUAUCCAACUGAAGAUUGCACCUUAUUUGUAGUUCUUGGUAGAAUAAUGUCUGGUACAUUGGAAGCAGGACAACGUGUUCGCGUAUUAGGUGAAGCAUAUUCACGCACAGAUGAAGAAGAUUCGCGUGUUCUGACAGUAGGUAGAUUGUGGAUUAGUGAGGCGCGUUACUCAAUUGAGUUAAGUCGCGUGCCUGCGGGUAAUUGGGUUCUUAUAGAGGGUAUUGAUCGGCCGAUCGUAAAAACUAGCACAAUCACGGAUCUCAACAACUCUGAAGAGUUGCACAUCUUUCGGCCGCUCAAGUUUAACACGCAAAGCGUUAUCAAAAUUGCCGUCGAACCAGUGAAUCCAUCCGAGUUACCAAAGAUGUUGGAUGGUUUGCGAAAAGUAAAUAAGAGUUAUCCACUGCUGGGCACGCGAGUGGAGGAAAGUGGCGAGCAUGUUGUGCUAGGAACUGGCGAACUUUAUCUCGACUGUGCAAUGCAUGAUCUACGUCGUAUGUAUUCUGAGAUCGAUAUAAAGGUGGCCGAUCCGGUAGUUGCUUUUGCAGAAACCGUUGUAGAAACCAGUUCCCUCAAAUGCUUUGCCGAAACACCAAAUAAACGAAAUAAAUUGACGAUGAUAGCGGAACCGCUUGAAAGAGGGCUUGCUGAAGACAUAGAAGCCGAACAUGUUCGUAUUACAUGGAACAAAAAGAGAUUAGGCGAAUUUUUCCAAACGAAAUAUGAUUGGGAUUUAUUAGCAGCGCGAAGUAUAUGGGCAUUUGGUCCUGAUUCUACAGGACCUAACAUUUUGGUGGACGACACAUUGCCUUCUGAAGUAGAUAAAACAUUAUUGAACAGCGCCCGCGAUGCGAUCAUCCAAGGCUUUCAAUGGGGAACUCGUGAAGGUCCGUUAUGUGAAGAACCUAUCCGGAAUGUGAAAUUCAAAAUUCUUGAUGCAGUCAUUGCGCAAGAGCCAUUGCAUAGAGGAGGUGGUCAAAUCAUUCCUACUGCUCGACGUGUCGCAUAUUCAGCUUUUCUCAUGGCGACUCCACGAUUGAUGGAACCAUAUCUGUUUGUUGAGGUACAAGCACCCGCGGAUUGCGUGUCCGCUGUUUAUACUGUUCUGGCGAAACGGCGAGGUCACGUAACACAAGAUGCCCCAGUUCCAGGCAGUCCUUUGUAUAUAAUCAAAGCCUUCAUACCAGCGAUCGACAGUUUUGGCUUCGAAACGGAUUUACGAACGCAUACUCAAGGCCAAGCGUUUUGCCAAUCUGUUUUUCAUCAUUGGCAGAUUGUACCUGGAGAUCCUCUGGAUAAGAGCAUUAACAUGAGACCGUUAGAACCACAACCAGCCACUCAUUUGGCCAGAGAAUUUAUGCUGAAAACGCGAAGACGCAAGGGACUAUCCGAGGAUGUAUCCAUCAACAAGUUCUUCGAUGAUCCUAUGUUGCUCGAGUUAGCCCGGCAGGAUGUGUUGCUAAAUUAUCCCCUCUAAUUUACUAAAUAUAUAUACUAUGUAUAUCAAAAUGACUUCAAGUAUAAGUACAUUAUCAUACAUUAAA